GCAAGCAGCCGGUAGCGAGGACGAUCAAGGAAGCGAACACUCCCCCCGCAUAAUACCGGUUUCAUAAUACUAUCAUAAUGCUAUCAUAUCACCACAAAGAAGUGGAAAGGGAAAAAAAAUGGAUGCUCUGUCAAUGAUCCGUAAUCUUCGCUCCAAUUAUUCGGGCGUAGAGAGUGGUAGAAGGGAUUCCGCCACAGAUGUUUACCGCGUCGGCAACUUUUGUGGGUGCUCGACCGGUCCCACAUAAAGGGGCUGAUCGGGGGUGUGCGUGUGUGUGUCCCAAGCUUACGAAUAAUUACGAUAUCGCCGGAGAAGCUUAGAGGUCCCGCAACCAAGAGGUGAGUUCCACCAACACCACCACCGGAAGCCGAAGGAAGAGGAAAAAAAAAAAAGUCAGCGAUUACGGAGAAAAUGGACCCAGGGUUUGGGUUACUGUGGGGUAUUAUGGAAUUAUGAGGAUAUUGUACGAUGGCAUCUUCUGGUGGCAUCUUGAAGCUUUUCUUUUCUUUCCCUUUGGAUAUAUAAAGGAUUAUGUCCCGGUGCGGUUCUCUCACUUCUUUUAAAAUAAGAUGCAAAUAACUGCUUUCUUUGCUGUCCUACUCAGUAUUCUCCUCGCCUAUUUCUACUCAACUUCCAGCGAAUCUCUGCGCGAGGUUUUGGCUUCCUUGGUCAAGCUUGGUGGUCCGGCAAAUACGGAUAGUCUCGUUUCCUCCGUGGUCACUGGUCCUAUGACGACGACGAUUUCUUCGCUGGUUAACAAAGCCACCGUAACUGCAGCUUCUUCUUCUCCUCCAUCCUCGGAGGAAGGUACAAUCCUCGCACCAAUAGUCCUCCCGGAAGAAAUGAUUGUCGCGCGCACGAUUGCGAAGGCCUUCAAGGCGAUCGAGAAGGCCGAAGGCGCCGGCGCAAAGGUUCGCAGAUCGGUCGGUACCAGUCAAUUGAAGAACUUUAGUCCCUUCUUGAUGCUCGAUCAUUUCUCGGUUGGAUCUGAAGCGGGGUUUCCGGAUCAUCCGCAUCGCGGUCAAGAAACAAUAACCUACCUUCUACAUGGCAGCAUCGACCACGAAGACUUCGCCGGGCACAAGGGCACGAUCCACCCGGGGGAUCUACAAUUCAUGACGGCCGGAAGAGGUAUCAUGCACGCAGAGAUGCCAGGCAAGAAUGGCGACGGGUCACCCAACGUGGGACUGCAACUCUGGGUGGACCUGCCCAAGCACCUGAAGUUCUGCGAGCCCCGCUACCGCGACCUCGCCGCCAAGGAGAUACCCACCGUCACUACGGAUAACGAGAAGGUCUUCAUCAAGAUCAUCUCCGGCACUUCUCAUGGCGUGGACUCGGUCCGCGACCUGGCGUACACGCCCGUGUGGAUCUUGGACGUUACCAUGAAGCCUGGCGCGAGGCUCGAGCAGCAAUUGCCAAAGGGCUGGAAUGCGUUCGCGUACACGUUGAAGGGUAAAGCCGCUUUCGGAGCCAACGGCGAAAAGAGGGUUGGGGAAUUCUACAAUGUUGUGUUCGAGCAGGAGGGCGAUGGAGUCUUCGCUGCUACGGACGACAACGCAGAGGAGGAUGCGCACUUUAUCAUCAUCGCAGGGCAACCCCUCGAUCAGCCAGUCAUCCAAUACGGACCCUUCGUCCUCAACACUGAAGAGCAGGUCUACCAGGCCAUGCUUGACUACCAGACUCACAGCAAUGGCUUCGAGAGGGCCAAGCAUUGGCAGUCGGAAAUUGGGAAGAGGAUGACGGGUCGUUAAACCCCCCCAUUCCUAGGAUAGCAUAAUGCAACUUUAGAAACCUUCUCCUCCUUUUCCUGCUUUAUUCGCUGGUGUUUUUUCGUUUGUUUAUUGAUUGGCAUGAGUGGGGGGGGGGGUGGAAAUUCUUUUAUCCGCCCUCUUGUUUUUCUUCUUCCUUUCUCUGUGGGUUUCCUUUAACUACUACUGGGUUUCGUGGUACCAUAGAACGCAAAUAAAUUCCGUAAAGGCUUAUCACUUCCG